AUGGACAAACUGCACGAGUAUCAGGGUUUGACCGGGCGUUGGCACGAGUGGCGUUCCAAUGCCCGCCAGUGGCACGAAGGAUGGCGCGAACGCCAUCCCGGUGGUGUGCGUCAGUACCUGAAAGAUACGGUGCUGAACGGUGGUGGAACACACACAGCCGCACCGAUGGGUACGGACCCCGAGCACGGUGUCAGAACGGAAUGGAACGAGGGUGCGGUGGACUUCUCGCACAUCUAUCGUCGUAAAACGCGCCUGGAGCUGAUACGCAUCUCUGCCGCCGUGAUGGGUAUCGAGUUUUCGUACGCGGCUGAGACGGCAUUCGUCUCUCCGACGCUGCUGAAGAUCGGCGUCGAACAUCAGCACAUGACGCUGGUCUGGUGUCUGUCGCCGCUGGUAGGCUUCUUUCUAACGCCCGUGCUCGGUUCGCUGAGCGACCGGUGUCGCAGCAAAUUUGGCCGCCGGAGACCGUUCAUAAUGCUGUUGUCGAUCGGUGUACUGCUCGGUUUGCUGCUCGUCCCGAACGGUGAGGAUGUUGGGUACGCCCUCGGUGACUUUAACCCGUACGCCAUCAACACAACUGGGAGCGGUGGCAACAGUAGCGAUGACGGUACGAUCGCUGGCUAUGUGUGGCAGGAACCACCCGACAACGGUAGACAACGCAGCUUGGAGCCAAUGUCGCAGCGUACCGCAACGAUCAAGGCGGCGCUGGUACCGCCGGACAUCCCCGCACAGAGACCACGCCAUCCGUGGGGUAUCUUCUUCACCAUACUCGGCACGGUACUGCUCGAUUUCGAUGCGGACGCCUGCCAAAGUCCGGCACGGGCCUUUCUGCUCGAUGUUACCGUGCCGGAGGACCACGCCCGUGGGUUGUCCACCUUCACCAUCAUGGCGGGAUUGGGCGGAUUCAUGGGCUACUCGCUUGGCGGUAUCGACUGGGACAAUACCUCGCUCGGGAUCGUACUGGGCGGACAUGUGCGGGCCGUCUUCUCACUCAUCACGAUCAUCUUCAUCGUGUGCGUCCUCUGCACGGUGACGAGUUUUAGCGAAAUUCCCCUGUGGAUCCUGGAGGAGGAGCUCGAACGGCAGGAUCCACCGAUGGAGUUGCGUCCGAACCGUACGGGGAGUGAGGAACCCGUCACCUACGGUGCGACGCUACACGAGCGACCGUCAGAUGGUGUUACGCGCGGUGACCAACAACCCGGCGCCAGCUACGACGAACUCCCCGGCGAGAACUUCACCGAGACUAGCUUUAGCCGGCACGAAACAUCCAAAGCGAAUGGUGACGCCACUAGCAACGUCAAGCGUAGCAUCGAGGACAAUGGCCGCGAUACACCGUACGAGGAAGAAAAGCCAGCCGUUACGCUCAGUAUGUACCUGCUGUCGAUCAUCUACAUGCCGCACUCGCUGCGGAUGGUUUGUCUGACGAAUCUGUUCUGCUGGAUGGCACACGUUUGCUACUCACUGUACUUUACCGACUUUGUCGGCGAGGCCGUGUUUGAUGGAGAUCCGAAGGCAUUGGACGGUACUGAGAAGUAUCUGCUCUACGAAGCAGGUGUGCGAUUUGGGUGCUGGGGCAUGGCGAUGUACUCGCUGUCAUGUGCCUGCUACUCACUGAUCAUCGAGCGGCUUAUCAAGAGGUUCCGAGCUAAGAGCGUUUACGUUGGAGGGUUACUCUUCUACUGUUUGGGUAUGUCACUGAUGGCUCUGUCGAAGCAUCGCGUCGGUGUGAUUGUAUUUAGCUGGACUGCAGGUGUCAUGUACUCGACGCUCUUCACCAUGCCCUAUCUGCUCGUUGCCCACUAUCAUUCGGAGGGUGUGUUUGAGUUGAACGAAUGUGGCGAGGCAAAACAAAGCACCGGCGCCAUCCGUGGGCUCGGCACGGACGUGGCCAUCGUGAGCAGUAUGGUGUUUCUCGCCCAGUUUGUGCUGUCCAUCUGUAUGGGUUCGAUCGUCGCCUGGACCGGUACGACGACCGCCGUAGUUACCAUUGCCGCCAUGUUAAGCUUCUGUGGGGCCCUAUCCGCCACACAGAUCAUGUAUUUGAAUUUGUAA